UUCGAUGUCUGCACUUUUGUGAAAAAGUGUUCGCCUCGGCUGCUUGCCCGUCUCGAGUCCCCAUAAUUCGCAGGCAGUUGGCGCGGAUCUGCAUUUAAGGCGGGAUAUUUGAAAUAAGUGAGGAGAUAAGUAUCGCCUGUGACACUUCUCAGCAAUAUUCGCAUUGUUCUGUUUUCUGGAGGCUGGGCGUCGUGCGUGUUCUUCAGGGCAGCCCUGGUCCGGUUCCUCAGGAGGUGGUGCACGGUGAGAACGCAGCUUGUGCUGAGCGCCACCACACAGCAUGCCUGCCAAGGACAUCUUCUACUCAGACAAGUACAAUGACGACAAGUACGAGUACCG